GUGGUAACGGCUUUCAUGAAAUCAGUCUAGCGGUGCUACUGAUAGAGUGAUCAUCACCACACAGUACUACACAUCUCACAAAAAUGUCUCUGGAACGCCAAGUCCGCGCUAAGAUCGCUGCUAAGCGCAACCCUGAAAAGGAAAAGGAGGCCCAAGAAUGGAUUGAGGGUGUCCUCGGAGCUAAAUUCCCACCUGGUGAAGUUUUCGAGGAUGUACUCAAGGACGGAACUGUCCUCUGCCAGCUUAUUAACAAGCUCAAGCCUGGAUCAGUGCCCAAGAUCAACACAACUGGUGGACAGUUCAAAAUGAUGGAGAAUAUCACCAACUUCCAAUCUGCAAUAAAAGCGUAUGGCGUACCUGACAUUGACGUAUUCCAAACGGUAGACCUUUGGGAGAAGAAGGACAUCGGCCAAGUCGUCAGCACACUGUUUGCCCUCGGUCGCGAGACCUACAGGCACCCUGAGUGGAACGGUCCCUACCUCGGCCCCAAGCCCGCUGAUGAGUGCAAGCGUGAUUUCUCCGAUGAAGUCCUGAAGGCUGGACAGACUGUUAUUGGUCUCCAAGCUGGUUCAAACAAGGGUGCCACACAGGCCGGUCAGAACAUGGGCGCUGGCCGCAAGAUCCUCCUCGGCAAGUGAACACCUCGCCUCACCACAAUCCAAAGUGAUAUUAAUUUUAAGUUAUUUUUUUAUUCAAAAGUGUGCAUACGGACGCUAUGUUACGACUGCUAGCUUCUCGUGUACAUCUAGUCAUGUGUGAUGUGUAAGAUUGUGAGUUCUCUUGUUCGUCAAGAAAACCUUUUCAAAUUACCUGUAGCUAAAAAUUAUAGCUGGUAUAAUCUUAUACAAUCAUGUAGCACCAAGUCGGUUUUUAUACCUAGGAUAAGAAAUUAUAUUUAUUUCCAUUCUAUUAUAGCCUUUUAUAAUAAAAGAUAUUCUUAUC